CAGUUAAACCGAACCAAAGAAGAAGAGAAUCGGGAUCGGAACGCCGACGUUCGAAAGGAGGAAAAAGACGCGACGAGAGAGCGAGCCGUUUUUUCCGAUGAUAACGCCGGCGCUCCUCCUCCUUCAAUUCCUCGCCUUCGUAUCCAUUAUUCCUCCUUCAACCUGCCAUGGCGAAUGGGAGAUACUCACGGAGAAAAACUUCUCUUCCCAGAUCCGUCUCCACCCUCACGUCCUCCUCUUCGUCACCACUCCAUGGUGUGGUGAGUCUAGAUCUCUGAAGAAUGAAAUUACUCAGUUGGUUCAGGGUAGUGAGGAGUCUGGCUUGUUGAAGUUAAUGGUUGUAUACAGAAACUCAGAAAAGGUGCUUGCACAAGCCAUUGGUGGUGCUGCUAACGGAAUAACAGUUUUGUACUAUCACAAUAGUGUGCCUUACAACUAUCUAGGGAAACUCCGAGCCUCAAAUAUCUUGUCCUCUGUUCAUCCUUAUCUGACAUCUACUCCCCAAGAACUCCCUCUCAAACAUUUGAAGUCUCCAGAGAGUUUGAAAGAUUUCCUUGAAUCAUCUGACAAGGCUUUACUUCUGUUCGAAUUUUGCGGAUGGACUACUACACUUCUGUCUGAGUUAAAGAAAAAUGUAACCGAGGAUAACCUUUGGCAAGGAAGCUUCUCCAAAAACGUAAAAACUGAUCAAGUGCUAAAGCUCAGUGGAAAAAAUAACCAGAAGGUGGCUGGCUAUGCAGAAUGGAACAAUAUGUGUGGACUCCAAACUGGAUUUGGUAGAGUUCCAUGGCUUGAGGAUUUUAGCUAUGUCAAUGAUACUGCUGCUUUGCAGGAAAAUGGCAGGGUAAAUCUGGAUUUUGGACAGACAUGUAACCGUGAACAGUUCAAGCAAUUUAGUUCAUUCCUCUCAAGAUUGAUUGCCAUCACAAAAGAUUUUUCUCUGCCUCCUGAAAGGCAAAAAUUUGGUCUGAUCACAGAAAAAUCAUUGGCUUCAUCGUUUAAUGUUGGAGAAUCUGAUUCAUGGGCAGCGAUCAUUCAGCUGGCAGGAUGUCCACAUUGCUCAAAGAUUCUCAAGGCUGGGGACGACAUUUCGAGAUUCUUAAAGAUGGAAAAUCCAAUAGUCACAGAGCUGGAGGACGACUGGCAGGACCAUGAAUCUUCCUUCCCUGCAAGUAAACCGUCGAUAAUUCUUUUUGUGGAUAGAUCAAGUGGGUGUUUGGAAGAUAGGAGGAGGAGUAUGAAAGCACUUGAUACUUUCAGAGAGGUAGCUGCACAGCAUAAGUUAUCUGACAUAAAAAACUGGAAGAAUGAUAUUAAGUCUGAGAACUUCGUUGGCCAGGCUGCUCAAGAGUCAGGGUCCGUGUCACUUCCGAAAACUGUCCGAAAGUUUAAAACUAUUAAGUUAGAAAAUAAAGUCUCGUUUAUGAUUUUGGAUGGGGAUAAAAAAGUAGCCCUAGAUACUAUAGCACCAGGUCCAGGUAUGGAAGGCAGUUCCCUGCAGCAGAUUCUGACAAAUCUUCUUCACAGAAGAAGAGAAAGUAAAUUGGGCUCAAUUGCUAAGGAUGUUGGUUUCCGUCUAUUAUCUGAUGAUGUGCACAUAAAAGUGAUGGAUGCAUUACCAUCACAAGCAGAAGUUAUCUCUAGACAAGAUACAGCUUCAUCUUUGGCAGAAGGUUCUAGUGUAAUUUCUCCUCAAUCUAAAGAAGGAGAUGUGCAAAACAGAGUCACUAUGAGUUCUGAAGGAAAAGAUGAAAUGAAAUCCUUUGAAAGUGAAUCUUCCUCCCCCAGUGAUGAAGACCAAGUUUCAACGGACGGAAGUGAGCAAUUAGUAAUUACAGAAACUGAUAAGACUGAGGUUAACUUAACAGACAAUGUUAAGGAAGAGAUCAACGUAUCAUUGCACUCGGAACCGAAGGAAGAUUCAGUGCAUAGUUUCACGGGUUCAUUUUUCUUCUCUGACGCAAAUUAUGCCUUGCUUAGAGCUCUGACUGGUGAUGUUAAGAUUCCAUCAGCAGUAAUAGUCAAUCCUGCUUUACAACAGCACUAUGUCCUUCAACAUGAGUUAGCAUUCAGCUAUUCAUCACUGGUUGACUUUCUCCAUGGAUACCUCAAUGGACGUCUAUCUCCUUAUACACAGUCUGAAUCUACCAUUGAAAUGCCCAGAAACGCUACAGUUCCACCUUUUGUUAAUCUGGAUUUUCACGAGGUGGAUUCUAUUCCCCGUGUCACUGUCAAUACUUUCUCCCACAUGGUUCAUGCAUGGAAUCAAUCCAGUGCAGAGAAGGCUCCCUGUCCUUUGUGCCAAGACGUUUUGGUCCUUUUCAGCAAUAAUUGGUGUGGGUUUUGUCAGAGGAUGGAGCUAGUUCUACGUGAAGUAUACCGGUCACUAAAAGAAUAUAAAGAGAUAACUCAAGGAGGAUACAGGAACAAUCAAGGGCUUUUCAAAUCAGCAGAGACGCCAACUAAUGACAAGAAUCUAAAAUUUCCCGGUAUCUACUUAAUGGACUGCACGUUAAAUGAUUGCAGCUUAAUCCUAAAAUCGAUCAAUCAGAGGGAAGUGUAUCCUUCUCUGAUAUUGUUUCCAGCCGAGAGAAACAAAGUCAUUCCGUAUGAAGGGGAGACAUCUGUAACUGACAUAACAGAGUUUCUAACUCGCCAUGCGAAUAACUCUCGUGAGUUUUUCAGAAUCAUUCCUACUCUGUCUGGAAAAGAAAGAAGAAACUCGAACAUGUUCGAUCAACCUUCAUCCGCGGUAAACAAUAAAGUAACAGAUGGUGAUAAACUUGUUGAGGUCGUUUUAAGGAAUAGAGAGCCUGUCGAAAGAGAGGUAAAUCAUGACCAGGUCAAUUCCCAAUCUCCCCCAAUGCACUCACUCACAACCGCUCCCCAAGUGAAAACCGGCACAAUCCUGGUCGCUACAGAAAAGCUAGCUGCCUCCCAACCAUUUUCUAAAUCAAAGAUUCUGAUCCUAAAAGCAGGCCACGAAUUCGGUUUCCUGGGUGUAAUCUUCAACAAACGGUUGAGGUGGAAAUCAUUCCCUGAUCUCGGCGAAACAGCCGAGCUCUUGAAAGAAACACCUCUAUAUUUUGGAGGUCCUGUCGUUGAUCCAGGAAUACCCCUUUUAGCUCUGACCCGAGAGCGAGACUCUUCUACAAACCAUAAUUACCAAGAGAUCUCACCAGGCGUGUAUUUCCUAGAUCAUCAAUCCGUGGCCCUUCGAAUCCAAGAGUUGAAAUCAAGAGAGCUGAAUCCAAGUGACUACUGGUUUUUCUUGGGAUACUCAAGUUGGAGUUAUGAUCAGUUGUUUGAUGAGAUCGGUCUUGGAGCAUGGGAUGUUGAUAAUAGCGGCAUUGACUUUGGUUGGCCUUGAAGCUGUUGCAUUGCAUCUUUUGAAAUGUUUUGUUUUAUAAAGGAGAAAAAAUUUCAAAUUUGAAAAAGAAUAGAAGAUAGUAAAACCCACAUGUGGGUAGAAAUGUUGGUUAAUUGUAGAUUACAUCAGAUAGAAGUACAUUACUUCUUUGAAGCAUCCCUCUUGCAGACUUCUAAAAGUCAAAAACUGAUUGACAGAAGUUUGUGAUUCACAUUUGAUUGAUUGUUUU